AAUAUCUCAGCACUUUCCAUAUCUGCUCACCCACCGACCCGAGUUCUCCUUCCCUUCUUCACCCAAACGGCUAAAAAAUUCGGAACAGCCAACCCCAGCCGUCCGAUCCUCAAUCUGGGCGCCAUCCCACCACAGGUUUCCAUUAAUUAAAAUUCUGACCGUUGGAGACGCGAAGAGAAAUCCCACCACAAGACUACCAGCCGUCGAGCCCCCCAUUUGCCUUCUCCGCCGCAUCUCGUGUUCUACGAGCCCUCGAGAACGCAAGAUCAGGCAGAGAAGGGGGAGGAGAGAAGAGGUCGAAGAAGGAGAGAGGAGGAGAAGGUGUGAGGGGGGUUGCCGGUUCGCUCUUCUUGGACGGCGACCAUGGCGUCCAAGAGGCAGGCGGGUCCCAGGGGCGCUGUUCCUGCUCAGGAACAGAAGAAGGGUGAUGCGGCGAGGCUCGUCAGGAGGCCAAUGGCCACAGUUCCUCAGGAAACAGCAAGAAGCCGCAGGGCUCUUGUCGAUGUCGGCAAUCUCAUCAAUGGCCGGCCUGCUCUUGCAAACCGUCAGAAGCCAGUGGUUGUAGCAGCUGAAAAAUGUGGGAAAGUGGUCCCUCCGCUAGCAGCAAGGAGCCGUCGAGCUCUUAUCGACGUCGGCAAUCUCAUCAAUGGCCGGCCUGCUCUUGCUAAUCACCAGAAGCCAGUGGUUGCUGCAGCUGACAAGCGUGGGAAAGCAGUCAAGCUGAAGGAGAGCAACAAAUUGAAGCCUGAAGUAAUCGUGAUAAGUUCAGAUUCUGAGAAUGAGAAGAAAGCCUCAGGGGGUCAGAGAGUCGCUAGGAGGGCACCGAUCCAUACUCUUACAUCAAUCCUGACAAAGUGCAGCAGGGCUUCUGAUGGGGUGAUCUCCAGUCCCAAGAAGAUGCAGGCUUAUGACAUUGAUGCGCCUGAUGCUCGCAAUGAGCUAGCAGUAGUUGAAUAUGUCGACGACAUCUACACUUUCUACAAGAGCACUGAGAGUACCUCCCUACCUCUCAGAAGCUAUAUGAACUCACAGACUGAGAUCAAUGAGAGAAUGAGAGCUAUCCUUAUUGACUGGAUAAUUGAUGUGCAACACAGGCUUAUACUAAUGCCAGAGACACUUUAUUUGACUGUCUACAUAAUCGAUCAGUACCUAUCCAUGGAGAGUGUGCCGAAAAAGGAGCUGCAGCUCGUCGGUGUAAGUGCCAUGCUCAUAGCAUGCAAGUAUGAGGAAAUAUGGGCUCCCCUGGUUAAGGAUUUGCUGUGCAUAUCAGAUAAUGCCUUUAGCAGGGAGCAGAUGCUGACCAAAGAGAAGGACAUACUGAACAAGCUCCACUGGAACUUGACAGUUCCAACAAUGUACAUGUUCAUUGUUCGGUAUCUGAAAGCUGCAAUGGGUGGCAAAGAGCUUGAGAACAUGGCGUUCUUCUACACUGAACUUGCAUUGGUUCAGUACUCGAUGCUUGUUUAUUCUCCAUCAGUGACUGCAGCAGCUGCUGUCUAUGCUGCUCGGUGUACACUUGACAUGAAUCCACUGUGGAGUGAUAUCCUGGAGUAUCAUACUGGCUUAGCUGAGCCACAGUUACUGGACUGCGCGAGGCGCCUGAUGAGCCUCCACUCCACAGCACCGGAGAGCAAGCAGAAGGCUGUCUACAGAAAGUACUCCAACCCCAAGCUCGGGGCCGUGUCGCUCCACUCUCCCACCAAAAGGCUACUCGGAGCCUGAGGCUGCUGCUGCUGCUCAUUUUCUUUUGUCUCUUGGGAAAUGCUAUUGAUGUAUGUAUCAUCGCUUCGAUGGUACCAUUUCGGUUCUGUGCCUGCUCUUUGCUUUGAUAGAGAAGCAGAGCAAUCAGUAGUUUUUGAAGACUUGAAACAUCAGAAAACAUGAAGUGGUUAUUAUUUGGUUCAGUUAGUGUUAAAACUACGAUGUUUUGUGAAA